AUGACGGCCGCCAUCAACAACGCGGAUGAAGAGCCCAACGAAAAGAACUCGUCGGCCUCAACGGCACUCCUCGAUGAGGAGGAGGAUGGAGGGGGCGGGGAGGUGCACCCGCACGAGCGAAGGGCCGAGUGCUAUCGGCUGUGCACGUACGACGAGGCGCCGCCCUACCAGCAGGACAACCCCUUCAUCCGGACGGGCUACCGCGUAAACUUCUCCGUCAAGCUCUGCCUCCAGAGCUUCUUCCGCCUCCACAACGAGUCCUGGAACGUGUGGACGCACUUCAGCGGGUUCGUGAUCUUUCUGGUGCUGGCGGGUGUCGUCAUGCAGCAGCUCGACUGGCGAACGCCUUCCGAGGCCCUCCUCUUCCUCGCCUUCUUCCUCACCGUCGAGUGUUCCAUGCUCAGCUCCACCAUCUUCCACGCCUUCAACUGCCACUCGCCCGGCACGUACAAGUGGACGUGCAGGUUCGACUACUCGAGCAUCAGCAUGCUGCUGGUGGGGUCCUACUCGCCCAUGCUCUACUAUGCCUUCAUGUGCGAGCCGGUCUGGCAGCGCCUCUACCUCUCCGGCUUCUGCAUCCUGGGCGUCGUGGGCGUCGUCAUCUCCUUCGUGCCCCUCUUCUCCACGCCCCAGUACACCAUCCUCCGCACCGGCGUGUUCGUGGCGCUGGGCUGGUCGACGAUCCUCCCGCUGCCGCACAUCAUGUACCUGCACGGCGUGUGGCUGGUGUGGGAGGUGGCCCGGUGGGAGCUGCUCGUCGGGCUGAUCUACACGGUGGGCGCCGUCAUGUACGCCAAGCGCAUCCCCGAGCGAUGGAGCCCCGGCAAAUACGACACCAGCUUCAUGUGCAGUCAUAGCCUGUGGCACUGCUUCACGAUUGCGGGUGCUCUCACGCAGCUGCACGCGUGCAUCGCCGUGUAUAAUGUCUUCGGGACCAUGCGCGCCUGUUCGUGA